UAGUUUUCUUCACUUUCCCUCCCCUGCCUCCGGGUCUGUGUUGUGCUGAGAAACGCCCGAAAACAGACAACCAAAUGCCCGGUGAUUUCACCUGACAGUCGGGGGGGAUAGAGCAGGACGGAUAGGCACAAAGAAAUGCCGACAAAGAGUCACCCGUUAACCGACCGUUGAUCGACGUUUGAGAGCCGUUGAUGUGAAGAGCGGAAGUUUGUCCAUCAAAACACUGAAGAGGACCAAAUAUUUAUAAUUGACUGUUUUUCAGUGACUUUCUCUCAGUUUGGGAGCUUUAAUAACUCAAAAGGCACCUCGGGAAACAGGUGCUAUGAACAGCGAGCUGAACGUGCCGAUGGGCUCAGAUCGGGCCCCUGAUGGGGCGGGGAUGGACUACAGGGACUGGGUGAGGCGCAGCUACCUGGAGCUGGUGAGCUCCAACCACCACUCUGUGCAGGCGCUCAGCUGGAGGAAGCUGUACCUGAGCCGGGCCAAACUCAAGGCCUCCAGCAGGACCUCGGCCCUACUGUCCGGGUUCGCUAUGGUGGCGAUGGUGGAGGUGCAGCUGGAGAUGCACUACAACUACCACCCUGCGCUCCUCAUAGCCUUCAGCGUGUGCACCACGGUGCUGGUGGCGGUGCAUCUGUUCGCCCUGCUCAUCAGCACCUGCAUCCUGCCCAACGUGGAGGCCGUCAGCAACAUCCACAACCUGAACUCCGUCAGCGAGUCUCCGCACGAGCGCAUGCACCUCUACAUCGAGCUGGCCUGGGGCUUCUCCACCGCGCUGGGCAUCCUGCUGUUCCUCGCCGAGGUGGUGCUCCUCUGCUGGAUCAAAUUCCUGCCCGUAGACUCGUGCCUUUCCAAAAAGACCUGCAACACAGAGAGCUCCACCUCCGCAGCUCCCCCCACUGCUUCGAGCACCGGCUUUCAGGCGGCACUGGCCUCCACCAUCAUCAUGGUGCCGGUGGGCGUGAUCUUCGUCGUCUUCACCGUUCACUUCUACCGCUCGCUGGUGCGCCACAAGACGGACCGACACCACGAGGAGAUCGAGGAGCUGCACAAGAUCAAGGUGCAGCUGGACGGGCACGAGAGAGGCCUGCAGACGGUGUGACGGGCGCCAUGUUUACCUCUGAGCCAAAGGAGUGAGUCCUCAAACCCUGAGAGUCAGCAUUUUAGCACUUCCUGUUCCCUCUUCUGGAAGUCAAUGGGUUUUUUUUAUGUGUUUUUGGUAAGGAAAUAAGGUCAGAUUUUCACAUUUUGGUCUUCUACAUAAAAUACGUCAGUAAAUACCUCACUGGUGAAUUUAAACACAGCGGUUGCUAACAAGUGUAUAAAUGAGACGACUUUACGUCAUCACGCCCAACAUUAGCCCCCUUUAGCUUAGCGGUGGUGACGUGAAGUCAUGUGACCGUGCUGUAGUUCCUUUAUAGCCCAACGUUAGCCGCCUUUAGCUUAGCGGUGGUGACGUGAAGUCAUGUGACCGUGCUGUAGUUCUUUUAUAGCCCAACAUUAGCUUUUUACUUCAGAAAUCAUGAAUUAAUAUGUGGAGAUUAUCCUGCUGAACUAAAAGUGGAAGUAUCAUAAAUGUUUGCCAUAGAUCUUAUUUUGCGCAAUAAUCCAAAAUCCAAAUGUAAAAUCCCAUUGACUUUUUGUGAAAGGAACCAGGGAGAUGCUACCUUCAGGGACGGCCUCAAAACGACGUCAUCCCUUUAAAGCUCCUCACUCUGCAGCACAAUUCAUGUCUUACUGCUAAUUGAUUCUUCCGGUCAGUUGUCUUGUAGAGUUUGCUGUAGGACCUCGUCUGUGUUUCAUGUGUCGGUGAAGUUAAUGUUAAGGUUUACAGAAAAAAGGGCUACUGUGUUCUGUGUGCCAUAUUUGUGCAAUGUCUGUUUUUAUUGUUGUGUUUGGUGACGACUGGAAUCAGUUCCCCGUCAAAUCAAAUGCAACAAUAUCAAUAUUGCGACAAUAUCUUAGGGAUAAAAAUGUAUGCUUUCACUAUAGUAUGAUGACAAAUCUUCAGUAAUGUGGAUUUAUGAUUAUGUCGAUAAAGACCAAUAAGUAAAACAGUCUGAUACAUUCAGAAGUGUUUCUAUUUUACUGUACGGCAACACUUCAAACCAGAAAAAGACACUUUUUAUUGAUUACAUUUCGAUGUAUUGCCUGAACUUAGUUUUAGUUUUGUAAAAUACCAAUCACAUGUCCUACACACACUUUACUAUCAAAGACCUGCCAUCACCAGAUUCAAAGUGAAAUGCCAUAAAUAACUUUACUUUAGGUCAAAAUAUAUCUUAAAGACUGUGAUCUCUUUACUCUAGUCUCAGUUAUAUUCCAUGCCAAUGUUACAUGGAUUUAAUAGGAGAUUAAAGAAACAUGGAUUUAUUAAUCUCGUUAAAAACUGGAUUCAGAUUUGAUCAAAUGUUCUCAAACACCAACUCUGAAUUAAACCUGAGCUUUUUAACUGUAAAGUCAAGCAUUACACUGCAGGAUCUUAAUGUGUGACGUCUUUAAAAAUAUGUUGCAUGUCUUGUAAAACUGUCAGGAGGUUAGCAUUACUCUUUUCUAUGUCCAAAAUCUCCAAAAAGCCUCAACGUUUCGUGAUUUUCCUCCUUCAAAAAGCUUGGUAUUGUCUUUUACAAAGACCUCUGCAAGCUGCUGCUGAGAUGUGAAACUAUGAAUGUGUGUUUCUGUCAGAAUAUAGUUCUGCCUUAAAGAAAUAUUGCCUUUUAUGAGCUUCUGCAAAAGGUCAUGAUGACACGAGCUGAUGAAUGUAGUGUCAAAUGUUACAGAGUCCAUGUCGGCACGAUCUCCACUUUUGAUAUCAAACAUCAGAAAGAAACGACAAACAGAAAUGGUUACUGCGGAGAAAAACAAACUGUUAUCACAUUCCAAAUAAGAUGCCUGACCAAAGUGCUUCCUGUUUGAGAUGAAGUGCACUUGUAGUGAUGUUGAGGGUUUUAUCAGCUUCUGGAUGAAUCCUGCAGGCCACUGAGUGCCUGCAACACCCUUUCAAAAAUAAAAUACAAAUAUUAAAGUUCUCAUUGUCUCUUGAAUUUUCAACAUACUGUACCGUGACUUUUUCACUUUUUUCAACAUACUAUAUGUUAUAUGUGACUUUUUGUUGACCUACCAUACUAUUAUUUUUUCUUAUCAGUUUUUCUAUACUAUACUAUGACUUUUUUCUAACAUACUAUGACUUUUAUUUGUACUUGUUUAGGAAACACUAUACUGUGACUUUUUGGACAUACUGUUAUAUGACUUUAAAGAAAACAUUUGACUUAGCACAAUAUAUGAUUUCGAAAUCCUACAUUAUGACUGAAACCAAAAAUGUAGAAGUAUGAAAAUGAACAUGUUAUGUCUUGAAAUAAAGGUGGAUUUUACCAUA